AUGAACUUGCUCUUGAUCUACUUACCAAUAAAGAACCGUAUUGUAAAUGACUAUUAUCGUUUUUAUUUGUAGAAUUAAUAUUAUCAUAUGAAACUUUUGAAGCAGACGCUUUAGGAGUUUAUUAGUGAUCUAGCUAGCAUUAGCAUUGGCUACAUAUUUGGGUAGAACUCACACCUCCUAUAUUCAUAUAAUAGCUACUACUAUUACUACUACUGUUUUAUGAAUUAUUAGGAUGGUUUUUAGGUGAAGAAAUUGAUUAUCUUUAUUUAAGCUAAGCUAUUCUAGGAAAUUCUUUUUUUUAUAUAGAUGCUUAUGCAAUCUAAGAUGAAAAUGUUAACUAAGGCAGCUUACUUUCUUAAGACUAAGAUCUCCUCUAAAAUAGGCUCGAAGAUUAAACAUUACUCAAAAGUGUUUUUAUAUCGCUAGGAGAUUUUUAGCUUUUUGCGCUCUACAUACUUUCUUUACGGUAAUUUAAAUCUGAUUCUGUGUGAAGGAUAUCAUAAUUUGGUUUUUAAUAAUUACUAUAUUUCUCAUCACUUUAAUUUUUACUUGUAUUAUUAUCGUAAGUUCUAAAAUCAAUGGCGCUUUUUCUUUAUUUUAUAUUAGGCUUUUGACUAAAUUUUGAUUAUUUUAUAGUUUAAUUUGUUAGCAUUUGUUUAAAAUUGUUUGGCUCUGUUUAUGAUUCUAAAUUUGAAUGGAUAGUAGAUAAUCGACGAUCACCAUUGCUGGUUGAAGAAUUAGAUGUGUCUAAUAUAAAAUCUUAUUCAGAAAAUUUAAUUCUUUUAUCAGCUAUGA